CUCCAAACGGACGAUGAGUCGUCCCCAGAAUUGGCAUCCCGUCCGAAGAAAAUGUCCCGCCAGUCCAAUCGCCGAUCCAUAAUUUUCCUAUUUAUCCUGGGAAUAUUACUGCUUGGAUAUCUAGCAAUAGCUAAUGAUCUUCGAACAACAAGAAUCGGUUCUUCGGCCAUCGACAGCAUAGCCAGUUCCCUAAAACUCCAAAAAUACAAUUAUAUUGUGGUGAUUGACGCUGGAUCCACAGGCACUCGUAUUCUGGUAUUUACAUUUCACUCCUCCAUCAUCAAUGGAGAUCUAGUUCUUGAUAAUGAGUUCUUCGAGGAGACAAAGCCAGGAUUGAGCAGUUACGUGGAUAAUUCAAAGAAGAUGAUCGAAUCACUGGGGAGACUAGUUGAAAAAGCUAAAGCUGUUAUUCCGCAGGAUUUAUGGUCGCAAACGCCUCUCAAUCUCAAGGCAACGGCAGGAUUGCGAUUGCUCCCAGAGGUCCAAGCGAAUUAUCUUCUUGACGAGUGCAGAAAUUUCUUGAAGAAUUCCGGCUUUUUCAUUGCAGAAGCUGCCGUCUCGUUAAUGGGAGGCGCAGAUGAGGGAAUUUAUGGAUGGUUUACCGUGAAUUUUCUCCUGAAUCGUUUGAGCUCCCACAAUAUAGGAAAUACUGUGGCUGUUCUGGACCUAGGGGGUGCAUCAACGCAAGUCACUUAUGUCCCUGAUCAAGAUGAUUUUAAGGAACUUGCAGGGCACAUCUAUACAAUCAAUACUUUCAGUCAUAAUUUAAGCCUUUAUACUCAUAGCUAUUUGGGCAUGGGUGUGAUGGCAGCCAGAAGGGCCAUUUUAACGUUGGAAAUGAGUGAUGAGGAUAAUCAGAAUCCUAAUGAACGCAUUGAAAUCAGGUCUGAAUGUAUCAAUCCGAUUAUUUCUAAUGAGUGGAGUUAUGGAGGACGAAAUUACAUGGUGAGAGGCCCUGUCAAUGGUUCUUACCAAAUUGUCAAGACACAGAAUUACGCUGGAGCUGAUGAGAAGAGGCCGAUUGUCAGGGCUGAGGACUGCAAGAAUCUUGUCAAAAGAUUUAUUGAUGGCGUUGGAGUUCGCCCUUUGGGCUUAAAGAAACAUGAGAUUUAUGGCGUUUCUUACUACUUCGAUCGCGCCACUGAGGCUGGCUUGAUUGAUCCAUUCAAAGGUGGGGUCAUAACUCUAGAUACUUUUUAUAAUGGAACCAUCGAUGCCUGCAAUUAUCCAAAUGCAGAUCAACCUUACACUUGUCUGGACAUGAUGUAUAUUUACGUUUUAUUAAAGGAAUGCUUCGCCCUCGAGGGUUCCACAAAAUUGAAUUUACAUAGGCGAUGGGAGGGCCACGAAAUGAGCUGGGCACUCGGUGCUGCAGUUAGUAUAUAUCAAGAUCUUUGACAUUGAGAAAUACUAGCGCCUAUCCGGCUGUCAAUUCCGUCAUAUCGAUAAAAACUCGAAUCCAGCCAAGAUGUGACGAUUACUUUUCAUCCUCCUGUCAUUCCGCAUAAAGUGUGAAUUUGGAAAUGAAUACUCAAUGCAUUCAGUGCCUUUAUAAAUAAUCACUCAUAUCCGGAAAUGCUCCAUCGAUUUUACCUGCAGAAAAUGACGCUGGAAAUUAGUUGAAGUGGAAAGAAAAUAACGAAGGGUGACAAACUAUUUGUGAAUAAUGGGAAAUGUUUAUUUUACAGAAACUGAUGAAUGUCGAAUUGUUUAAUUUAAAUAUACGUGAUCUAACAUCUA